GCCUCUUCACAGACGCUCCUUCACUCUGCUCCUCUCACACUGGAACAUCCGGGACUCUCCAGCCCUCUGAAAUAACGAGAAGAGGUCGAAAACAGCAGGAGGAAUUAAUUCACACAAAAAAAACACAUCGAGAGAAAAAAAGAAAAAAAAAAAAAAAAGCGAAAAAGGAAGGACUAUUACAAGAAUAAUACAAGUGGAAGGAAUACAACUUAUUUUUUCCCUCGUAAAAAAAAUCCCUGGAAGUUUUGGCCAUCAUGAGGAUUUUCAGUGUUGUGCUCCUACUGCUGGUUCACACCUUGGUGGUGUCCAGACCGUCCAACGGUGCUGCAGUCGACAGGUAUGAGAGCGACAGGCAGCGGCACACAGCUGUUAUUAACUUGGACACGACCAGAAACAGGAGGGUGGAGGAGGAGAGCAGAAGCGUUGGUGCGACGACAGCUUCGGAGUAUGGUCAGGGAGGCGAGGUUGAGGAGUACGAUGGCGAUUAUUAUUAUGAAGACGAGUACGAGGAUGGCAUGUCUGGAGACUACGAAGAUCUGCCACAAAUUGCCAUGGUGAGCAAACCAAAAGACCCGUCUGCCAUCCUGGAGACUGAGAGCACUGACGGGAAGAGGAGGAGAGGAAAGGGAAGGAAGAAGGGGAAAGGCAAAGGGAAGAAGAGGAAUCCUUGCCUGAGAAAGUACAAAGAUUUCUGCAUUCACGGCACCUGCCAGUACCUGAGGGACAUCCACGCCCCGUCCUGUGUGUGCCACACGGGCUACUCCGGUGAAAGGUGUCAGUUCUUCAUGUUGUCCGUGGAGAGGCCCCAGGAGGGCUACAACCGGACCACAGCUCUGGCCGUGGUGGCGGUGGUGCUGUCGUCCAUCUGCCUCACCAUCAUAGGCCUUUUAUUGUUGCUCAGGUUUCACAAGCGGGGAGCGUACGAUGUAGAGAAUGAAGAGAAGGUCAAACUAGGGUUAGCGUCCAACCACUGAAGAGACAAAGAGAGGCAAAGAUGUGGAAAUUCUACCUCAAAAUAGAAAAAGAGAAGUGAACUGCGAGAGGAGGUCCUAGAGGGAAGAGGAUCGUACAUGAAGAAGGGAACCGAGGUUGUCGUCUUGCCUUGAACCCUCUGCUAGACGCUCAGAUGAAACACGGGCAGGUGAACAUAUUCCUAAAGGCCUCAUAAGAAGUCGGCCCACCUGAAACUGGAAUACUAAACGGCCCAGAGGAUGGACCGGAGAUGUGACGAGCAGCAUGUGACGAGCACGAAGGGACGAGAAGAAGAAGGAACACGUCUAGACUCUGUGCUGCUUCUUGACUGUGUGAAAACAAGACGUUUCAGACUGAACUGGACAAGAUUUUGAACAAAAAAGCAUUUUGUAUUUUUCCUGCACAAGUCCAUCUUUUUUUUGUGUACAGUAAACGGUAUAUUUAUAAUUUUAAUUUAUUUAUUUAAGCUAACUGUAUUUAUAGAGACUUUAACCACCUUCAACCGUUUUUAAAAUAAUGAUGUUACAGUUGUUUUUAUAUUUCUUAUUGGACGAUAUUUAUUUAUGAAACGGAAAAGCAAAAAAUGCAGAAGCUCCUUGAGAUAUUCUGUAUUUCAUGAAAAGAGAUAUGAUGCAUAACUAUCUGGUUUCUGGCUUUAAUUUAGAUGAUCAAUAGCACUGUGAUUAAUAAAUUGAUCGUUGAAUAGAUCUUUUGUAAAUUAUUCAGGGUAGUUUCUUUGAAAGCUUCUCAGGAACGCCCUGCUCACGCUCACAUUGUUAGACACAUUCGCACCUGGAAGCUGCCCAGUGAAACCAGUUGGAUCUGUCAGCCACUAAAGCAGCUCGGGGCCUUGCUCAGAGGCACAUCAGCGGUGAAUUUUAUAAGAUCAGAUCAAUGUCUGUCAUUGCAAUGCAUUGCACUGUAUUGAUUAAAGGCAACAUAAAAGCUGCUCUCAGCGGCUGCAUUGUUAAGCAACUUUUUUAAAAGGGAGUCAAAUAUCAAAUGCACUGUAGCAAGACUUUGGUAUGUUGUCAUGUUGUCUUACCACCAUUAGAGGAGGAACUCCCUCACAUCCAUGUUAAGCUGUCAUGCAAAAAAAAUGUGAAUUAAAGUGUUCCACCCUUUCAAAUCCUGUCCUGCAGUUUUGAAGUGAUUUUUAUUUAUGUGAUUUUCUUUUCCAGAACAAAAUAAAAAAAGAAAGAC